UGGAUCGUCUGGCUCGACAGCGGGCAUCGGGUCACCAGGCAUGACAGCGGGCACUGGGUCAUCAGGUACCGGAACAUCUGGAUCGACAGCGGGUCACCAGGCAUCAGGUCAUUUGGCUCACCAGCGGGCACCGUGUCAUCUGGCAAGGCAGUGGGCACCGAGUCACCAGGCAUGACAGUGGGCUCCGAGUCAACUGGCAUGACCGCGGGCACUGGGUCAGACAUUGGAUCGUCUGGCUCGACAGCGGGCAUCGGGUCACCAGGCAUCAGGUCAUUUGGCUCGACAGCGGGCACCAUGUCAUCUGGCAAGGCAAUGGGCUCUGAGUCAAUUGGCACGACAGCAGGCACCGGGUCAUCAGGUACCGGAUUGUCUGGAUCGACAGCGGGCACCGGGUCACCUGGCGUUGGAUCAUCUGGAUCGACAGCGGGCACCGGGUCAUCUGGCCGGGCAUUGGGUGCGGGAUCAUCUGGAUCGACAGCGGGUACCGGGUCAUCUGGCGUUGGAUCGUCUGGCUCGACAGCGGGC